CGGACGGAUAUUCCGUUGGAGAAAAAAUAAAUAAAUAAAUAAAAGAAAAUUAUCUCUAAUUUUUUCAGAAGUAAUGCUUUCGGAUCUGAGAUGGGUUUCGUAGAUUUUAUCCGACAAUGAUCACAACAAUCAUUUUGCUCUUCUGAAACUCCCAUUCUCGUUUCGGCGUCUUCUGUAUUAUUAUUAUUAUUAUUUUCCUUUUUUCUUUUUGGCUUAAUCUAUCCACCAAAUUCCGACACCAUGAGGAAGAAGCUCGAUACUCGUUUCCCAGCAGCUCGAAUUAAAAAGAUAAUGCAAGCUGAUGAGGACGUUGGAAAGAUAGCAUUGGCGGUUCCUGUUUUAGUCUCUAAGGCGUUGGAAUUAUUUCUGCAAGACCUCUGUGAUCGUACAUAUGAGAUAACCCUUCAGAGAGGAGCAAAGACCAUGAAUUCUCUGCAUUUAAAACAUUGCGUACAGAGCUAUAAUGUGUUUGAUUUUUUGAGGGACAUUGUCAGCAGGGUUCCCGACUAUGGUCACGGUCACUCUGAUGCUGCUGGUGAUGAUCGUGGCAUUUCAAAGAGAAGGAAGGCUGCAAUUGAUGAAAACGACAGUGAUGAGGAGAUGAAGAGGAGCAAGAUGCAGCAUGAGAUGGGGCACGGCAGUAGCAGUGGCAGAGGAAGAGGCCGGGGUAGAGGACGAGGGCGUGGACGUGGUGCCCGCACCAUAGAAAGAGAGACUUCUCACCUUGAGACUGAAUCUGAACCCUCCACUUCUGUUCAGUUUGGUACCAAACAAAAUACGAAUCCUGCAGUGCCUGUGGAGAAUUCUACUGAUUUAAGGGACCCGUCCAAGGAAAAUAUCAGCGCCUCUGUUGACAAUGACCCAACAUCUCGAAACAUUGACUUGAACGCUGAUGUAAAUGAAUCAGCAAAUGAAAAUGAAAGUGCGAAGCAGGCGGGGGCGGCGGCGGCGGCUGCAGCUGCAGUCCAAGCAUCAUCAGCUGGAGCGAUUUCUGAAACCAAACAUGAAGAGUACCCCGGUUGGUCUCUUCCUGAGAUGGAUCAAAUGGCUAUCGACCCUAUUCAACUUGCUCAUCUCAGCACAAGGUUAGACGAGGAAGAUGAAGAUUACGACGAAGAAGGCUGACCAAGCGUGUAGUUAUACAUACCUAAAGUAGUAGUAGUAGUAGUAGUUGUUGGGAUCAGAAUUAAUGGGAAGCUUUAAGAAAACGCACCGAUAAAAUAACAUGUGUGCGCAAAGAUUGAAUUCAUUAGAUGUGGAAAGUGAGCCCUGUCCCCUUAAUGUGAUGCUCCUACCAAUAGUUAUUCUCCCAAACAACCAUUUAGUAACGUAGUUUUUUUCCUGACAAUUGUAGCGUUAUUUGCUUCUUUCCACACUUGAGAAACUCCUUUCAGAAGUGUAGACACAGCAUGGUAGCUUCGAUUGUGGUGGAUGGCCUCUUCUGAAGCUUUACCCUUGUUAUUUAUGAAUCUGUUAUGUUGCUUUAGGUUUUCACUCUUCUGAAGCUUACCAAAUUCCAUCUGCUUACUGGGAAUUUGGUUUUUGUUU